CGCGACCCUCAGCGGGGACGGCGGCUCCGUCCGGGGCUUGGGCUGACAGAGCAGCGCCGUACCGGCGGGGCCCGACGGCCGCUCACGGACGGGAACGAACCGGCCCCGCACGUCCCGGGCUCGGCCGAACCGGGAGGACGGGCGGACACCGACAGACAGCACGGCGCCUCCGGCAACGAAAAAAUCCGCUACUGAACUGGAGAGACGGACACGGACGGACAGAUCGUGACGCUGGGAUUAACGGAAAAUCCCUCACACGGAUGGACACAUGGACAGGCAAAGCACGGCUUGGCCGAGAAUUAAUAAAACCGUUACCGGGACAGACAAACCGACGCGGACGGACCUCAAAAGGCUCCGGUAAUUAACGUAGAAAAACAAUCGCUGUUCCUUACCGACACGGACAGAGAGGGUCUCCGUGAUUAACGUGAAAAAUAAAAACAAAACCAAACGUUACGGGGACAGGCAGACCGACAGUCACGACAGAGCAGCGUGCGGUAAUUAACGGAGACGGUUGGGCACAACGCGACUCACGCCGGUAACGAAAAGCCGUUCGGACAGACGGACACGGACCGCUAGAUCACCUCUCCCGUGAGUAACCGAACCUUUCUUACCGGCCGGACAGAUGAACGAGGAUGGAGCCAGACUCCGAUAAUUAACGGGGAAAAAAAAAUCCGUAAUUACCGAGAGGCGCUCCAGUAAUUAAGGAACCCACCAUAGCGGGCAGACAGACGGACAGACAGAGCGGGGAUCCCGAGAUUAACGAAUAAACCAAUCCUUUAACGGGGGGACAGACGAACAGAACGGAAACGCCUCAAGCGCCCGAUUUUAAGGUAAAAAUCUUCGUUAUCUGACGGACGGACACGGCAAGGAACGAAAUAUGUGAGCGAAAAUAUCCCAUUACCGGGUGGACAGACGGACAGGAACGGGGGAGAAAAAUUCCCUUUUCCGGGACGGACAGACAGGCAGAAAAGAGGCCGAUCGGAGGUCCAGGAAUUAAGGCCCGUUACCGGACGGACAGAUCGACAGAAAAAAAGGAUCGAAAAAAAAAAAUAUAACGAAAAAAACCGUUGCCGGCUGAUCAGACGGACAAAAAUCGGAACGAUAGCGGCUCCCGGGCUAGAGUAAAUUCCCGUUACCGGCCAGACAGAAGGACAGGAACGGGACUAAUAAAAAUGAACGAAAAAGACCCCGCUGCCGGCCGGACAAAUGCGGGAGAGAUCGGGGUGCCCAGAGGGGUGAUGAAGCUCCGGUACCGGCCGGACAGAUGGACAUAGCAGAGCGGGGAUCUCGGAAUUGACAAAACCCGGUCGCGAACCGACCGCGGGUAACGGCGGAAUCAACCGGGACUGGCGGACAGAUGGAGGUGCCGGUAAUUCAGGUAAAAUCUCGUUACCGGGAGGAUCCACCGACACAGCCAGGACAGCCCAGGGCUUCCGUGAUGAACGAAAACGCCUCUUCACCGCGACGGAAGGACGGACUGACAACGGAGCGAUCAGGGCUCCCUGAGCGGGGGUAAAUCCCCGUUACCGGGAUGGACGGACGGACAGAAACGGGGCCGAGAGCGGAGGGGAAGCCCCGUUACUCGACAUCGAUCGAGUUUUCGUGACCACGGCAAAGCCGUACUACCGAGACGGACCCAUGGACUCCGCCGGGACCGCUCGGAGCUCCUCUACCGAACGAGGAGUGGGGUCCACGCUGCGAGAGACCCCGGGAGCCAUCGCUGUUACUGAGGGAUGUGGAGUGAGCCGCGUUUCGGGUCGGUGUCAGCGGCAGCGGCGGGGCUGGAACCGACCGGGGGCCGGAGCGAGAAAGAGAUCGGGACCGCGAUCGGGAUCCCGCCGGCGGCGUGGAGCCGUGCCCGGGGUGGCGAUCCGCGUCUCGCCGGGGAUCUCUACGUCGCUAGGGGCAGCAGCGACGGCACCGGGGCCGGGAGCGGCCACGGGAUCGAAUGCGGGGUUCAGCCCGGCCUCGGGUCUCCUGAAAUCGCGGAGAAGGAGGGUCCCGGUUCUCUACCGAGGCUCGCGGCUUCUUUCCGAGCUCCCGGAGCAGCCGCCGGCGGCACACGGAUGUCUCAGCCCCGGUCGCAACGGGGGCGACUCCGACACGACCGGGGCCACUGCAGAACGAUGAUUCCUGGCUUCCAGCGCCGGCCGCGGUUUGGUUUGCUCGGUUCGGUCGGGCACGACUCGCUUUGGGACGGCUCGUCUGCGUUCGGUUCGAUGUGGGCCGAUUCGUCUCCGUUCUACCGGGAGUCGGCGGGGCCCGGAGCCGGGACCCACCCGCAGUGCUCGGCGCGGCUCGGCGGGGCCGGUACGGGUGCCGUUACUGGUGCCCUGGCACUGCUGUGCCCACAGGUCGGGACCCGCAGUGCUCGGCGUCCGUCCCCGCCGGGCGCCUCGGGCCCGCGCCCUCCCUGCAGGAAGCGUCGCAAGUCCCGGACCGCGUUCACGGCGCAGCAGCUGCGGGAGCUGGAGCAGCGAUUCCGGCGGCAGCGCUACCUCUCCCCGGUGGACCGGGACGCGCUGGCGGCUCGGCUGGCGCUCUCCGCCGCCCAGGUCAUCACCUGGUUCCAGAACCGCCGCGCCAAGCUCAAGCGGGACCUGGAGGAGCUGCGGGCGGACGUGGCCUCGCUACAGGCGCUGCCCCCCGCCGCCCUGCAGCAGCUGGCGGGGCUGCCCGAGCCCCCGGGCUCUCCCGGUACCGGCACCGGGACCACAGAGCCCGCCGAGCUCUCGGAGGAGGAGAUCGACGUGGCGGACUGAGCCGAGCACGCUCGGCUCCGCUCAGCUCUGUUCCGAUCCGGUCGGACCGAAACUGCUCCGUUGGGAUCCACGCGGCUCCAUUCGGGCCGACUCGGCUGAGUUCGGAUUCACUCGGGUCGGUUCUAGCCCAGUGAAUUCGUUCGGAUCCACUGGACUCCGUUCGGCUCCGUUCGGGUGCACUCGGGUCCGUUCGGACUGACUCGGCUCCGCCACAUCCGCUCGGCUCGGUUCCGAACGGAGCCGAGCCCAGCCCCGCCCCAUCGGUGCACCCUUUUUCGGCUUUUUUUUUUUUUGUUCGUCUUUCCAUUGUUUGUUUUUAUUUUCUUUUUUUUUUUUUUUCUUUUUUUUGUUUUUAAUUUUAUUUUCUAUCGGCCCCGGUGUAAAUAUUUGCAAUAAAGGCGACACCUUAAUAUGGACCCCAG